AAAUAGAUUUUCCUAUGGAUGGAUAAGCCUACUCGCCUGCCUUCACUCUGACUCAUCCCCCUCUCUCUUCCCAUUCUCACAUUGGUGCAUUCUGCCUGUAUGCAUCGAUCACCACACAGACACACGCACACAUACACACACCCACACGUUCACAGAGGCAGCUCCGCCUCCUCUGCAGUGUAGCAACAGCUAGCGAGGGCAGCAAUGGAGGAACCAGCAGUGCAGCAGGAAAAAAUAGAGGGAUCAUGGGAAGGAGGACAUGAUGGAAGGAAAGCAGACUGGAAGAAUGAGUGCUCUCUCUCCUCCCUCCUUAAACACUCCUGUCUCCUCUGCUGGUCGUCUCCCAGGGAUACAGACGUCGUGGAAACGGAUGAGAGAGUCCUCGCCAAGGCAGCCGAGAUCAGAGUAAGAAGACCGCAGCACCUAGCGCUGGAGCUGGAGAAUGCAGUGGCUGUGGAGAACAUAGAGCUGCAGGAACAGCAGUCGGAUCGCAAGGAGCUGGAGGAGACUCUGGUUAAAUUAGAGAAACACAAAGAGAAGCUGGUGCAGCAAAUAAAGACAACCAGACAGCUGUGCUAUGAAGAGAGCCAACAGAUCCUGUCUCUGCAGGCGGAGGAAGUGAAGAAGGAGAGCCAGGUGGAGGAGUAUGAGAGGGAACUUGCCAGAGUCAGAUGGAGGUUGAGGAAGCUCAGAGAAGAGGUGAAGCAGGCCAAGAAGAAAGUGGAGGAGGCUGGGGAGAGGAACACUCCUCUGCAAGACUCCAUCAGACAGUCCUAUGAAGAGAUCCUGCAGGAGGAGAACACUCUGUAUUCUCUGUCAGGAGGUGCAGUCACUCCAGAAAGCCAGUUGGAAGAGUCAACAUCUCCUGCAGACACCACUGAAGAUGAUCCACUUCCUAUGAGGCCCUGGGGAAGGAGCCAAUCACUGCCCGCCUAUGCUGACCUGAUAAUGAGGGCCAGUGGUUCGUCUUUCUGCAAUAAUCUCGCAGACACAAGAGAAGAAGUAGACGACAGUGGGACCAGCUCACCAAAGGACAGAUCUGACUUAGAGGAUGAUCCAGAGGAGGGGGAGAUCAACAAUGAAGGGGACAGAGAGAGAGAGAAGGAAGAGUCAACUAUGAACCCAAAAACUCUCACCCAACUGGACUUCUACCAAGCUGACCCCUUUGCUCACUGUCAGAGUGACCAUGACCUCUUCAAUGAAGACCUGUUCCCUAAAACUGAUUCUUCUGGUGGAUUCGCUUCAGACCCUUUCAAAGGCAGCGACCCCUUUGCAGCAGAUAUUUUGUUCCCAGAGGCGAACGCUGGCACUGAUGAGGGGGCAGGGACUGUCGGUGAUGAGGUGGACACUAGCCUGUCCUGUGCUGAAAACAAAGCCUCAACAGGAACUCAGUGCUUUGAGUCCGAAUUCCCGGACGAAGACAGCGACAUAGAAAUUAGCUACAGCAGAGAGGACCUGGACGCCAUCGCUGUGGUUGAUGAAUCUUGCGGGUUUAAACCCAUUCAGAGCUCGUCAGAGGAGCUUGGGCCGCAGCCCAUCCACGGCUGGAGGUCCCAGGGUCAGUAUUCUAUAGAAUCAGACCCUAAUGGGUACGAGCUGGACCUUGGCGCUGUCUCUCCUCCCUCUGACAUAGAAGAACAGAGUCUCGGAUCUCUUGCUGGAGAGACUACCACUGAGGCAACAGCAGGACUGGAACAAGGUCUGAAGUCUGGUUCAGCUCAGGCUGUGACUGAGCUCGGUGAACAAGUCCUUUUGGAACCAGAUUUGACAGGCAACACAGAGCAAAAUCUGUCCCAUUAUGUUACCUCCAGUCAGGGGGCAGAAUGGGCUGGCCACAGUGAAGAGGAACCCAAAAACCCUGCUACUCCCCAAAACUCCCUAGACUCUCAGAACCUCUUCAUCCAGCCCGACUCAGAUCACAACAGAGAGCUUAGCUUUGAGUUGAGCUAUGAACCAACUAGUCAGUCUUCCUUUGACCCAUAUGGUUUUAAACUCAGUCCAGAACAUUCUAGUCACACCCUCUUAGACCCUGAUGAAGCUGAACUGAGCCCAGAACCCCCUGAAAAUGAUCUGACCUUUGACCCUGAGCCCACCUCCUCUCAACCAGACCAACUAAACUUUGAUCGCUAUGGAUUUGACAUGACUUCUUCCCAAAUGGUACGGGACUCUGAUCCUUAUGGCUUUAAGCUCAGCCCUGAGGAAGAAAACCAAGAGGUACUGGACCUUGGUGGCCAUGAUAAGCAGGAGGCAAUGGACCUUUGUUCUUAUGACAACAACAAGCAAGAAGAACCCUCUAACUAUAGCAACCAGGAAGUACUGGAACCUCAUACCCAUGAAAACCAAGAAGUGCUUGAACAUUGUAGCCACAAUAACCAGGAACUGCUGGAUUUGUGUAACAAUGGAAACCAAGAAGUGCUGGAACCUUUUAGGCUUGACAACGCAGGGUUAGUUAGCCAUCAAAACCAGGAACUCCUGGAUCUCUGUAGUCAUGACAACCAGGAAGUGGUAGAACCCUAUCGCAAUAUCACCAAUGAGGAACUACUUGAACCUUGUAACUAUGAUAACCAAGAAGUGCUGGAACCUUGUAGCCAUGGCAUUCGGAAACUGCUGGAUUUCUCCGAUCCUGAAAAUCAGGAAGUGCUGGAUUUAGAUAGCCAUGGUAACCAAGACUUGCUGGAUUUUGGUAGCAAAGAAAAUCAGGAAGUUCUAGUUUCAGGUAACCAUGGCAACCAGGAACUCCUGGAUCUCAGUAGCAGUGAAAAUCAGGAAUUGCUAGACUUAGGUAGCCAUGACAACCAGGAGGUACUGGACUUGUUAAGUAAGGAAGUUCUCCCCGAAGCAAACAAUAACCAGUGCAUUGUGGAACCAGAGCUUGAUGUCAGUCCCACCAAUAACAGCUCAGACAGUGAUGUGGCAUCAGAGGACCUUCUGGGACUUGAACUCAGUAACACUGGUAUCUGCACUACCAACAAAACAAACACCAGUACUGCCGACACCCUCAACAUGGCCGUCAGUAACAUGCCUGCCAACCAAGACAUUGCACCAUCCAAUGCUCCCACUGGUCACAGCUUGUUAGAAGGUGAUCUGGGUUCAGUAUUCGGGGCUGGAGGAUACAUUGGUUGUCCUGAUGUAGCGGACGACCUAGAGCCUCUGGAGAGAAGGAAGCCAAACCCAGUAGCAGAGCCAGCACAAUCAGUCAAACCAGUUAGGCCUCCUCGGCCCUCGCUCAGGGCCAAGGAGAAGGCUCAGUCCCAGACUCAGGGCAUUGACCUGAAGUGAUCUCUUACCAACUAUCGCUCAUGUGGGGGUUACCAUGUCAGCAAGGCUCCCAUGACAACAACGGCAACAAAAGAGUUGAAGUGGAUGAGGAGAGAAGUAAGAGGUCGGGCGACUAAGUGGAUACGAAGGGGGAUGGAGUGAAGGAGGGCUGAUUCAAUAGACAGGAGGGAGAGAUCAUUCUGCUGUUCUUUAUUGCAAUAACCCUAGUUUCAAAUGUUUUCAUGUUGCAAAGGGACAAAUUGAAGUCAGCAUGGAAAGAUGAGAGGUAGGCAAGAUGUAAAAACUAACAAACUGACUUCAGAAGAUUUAAUGAUUACCAUUAGGAACACCUGAUUGGCUUGAAACAAGUCAAGGCUGGAAACAACUGUAUAAAAAUGAGCAACUUCCUUUGAGGUCAGUCUUAUUCCCUAGUGUUUUAACCCUAAAUGAUGGUUGUCAGUCAGUCAUAAGGGUUGAGAUUAUGUGUUAUUUAUUUACAGUAUCAGCUGCCAACUCACUCCUAUGUCCUCUGAGUCUCUUAGUUAAGAUCCCCAUCCUCUGCAGAUUGGCAGUUUUGAAGGGGUAAUUAGUCCACAGAAAAAAUAAUCUAUCCUAUGUUGAUUGGAGCUUUAGUGUUGGAGCAUGUGUAAGUGGACUUUGUGUGACUUUGUCACAGAUAAAAUGUAUAUAAAUUAUACUUAUACUCAGCUAUUGUGGUUUUCAGAUUAUCUAGUCAAUUAGUAGUUUUAGGUCUAAGUUGGAUGAGAGCUGUAUAAAGAGUUUGGUCAGGUUGUACAGUGAAUGCAUAUCUAUACCAUCACCAUGGUAAGAUGUCCAGUGUUUUUUAGUCAUCGGUUACUUUGAGGUACUCCUGAAAGAGUACCUUAACAGCAGGCUUAAAAGCAGUGUUUCACUGCCAUCUCUGGCUCAGAGUUGCAAGCCUGUUUCACCUCUGAGCAUGUGGUCCAAAGUGUGCUUUGUUGCAUCUGUAGACACACUAACAGGGAUGUCAUGGCAUCCUGCAGUACAUCUGCACAUCACUGCCCAAAGGUGAGAAGUUAAACCACUGGAGGUCGGCAACAAAAGAUUUUCAUGAGGCGUUAAGUUACUCUUUAAAGCAUUUUAGCUUCUGAAGUUCAUACAUGAACAUUAUAAUCAGUAGCACUAAACGAAUGGACCAUUCCUGAAAACUGUCAGCAUUAAAUGGCUUCUACACUGCAUUUUACCACGUCAGUGUCCCAUUUCCAUAUGCUAUACUAAUACUUCACAGUAAAGACUAUGCACUAAUGAUGACUGUGCACCAUUUUGGUAGUUAGUCUGUAAGACAUUGAUUACCUUAAUUGUUUGCUACUAACACAAAAGGACAGGUGUGAAAGGCACAAACCGAUAUAACACUGCAACUCUCAAAGACUACUGCCAAUUACAAAGAAUAAAACAAUACAGGGUGCAAAAAAUGGAAAACAAAUUUAGAUGAUGGGUUUUCUGAGCUGCCACUGGAGUCUUCACAUCACUGUCUGCAGUUUUGUUCAGAGACAUCAAGCUGUUAUGUUGUAUUGUGGGGCAAGAAUGUCCAUCUAUACAACAGUCAGACCAUUAGAAAAACAAUUUAUUCAUGUUUAGUAUUUAUUUUACUUUGAUAAGUGUGACCACACUAAAGCGCAGGUAGAAUUAGCGGUAACUAUAGAUAAUAUGUAUUCAUAUACCAAAAAAAGACAGAAAUGCUGCGGAUUAAAAACAGUGUCUCUGUUCCAGUUUGUCCACCAAAGAGCACUGUAAAAUGUCCCACUCACUAUUUAUUUGAUCCCCAUCAAAUAUGUUGAUUUAAAUUACGCAUUCAUAUAAAAACAAAAUAUGGCAUUUGCAUCAUUUUUUAAACUCUCAAACAUUAAUUUUGGAACCGAUCUCAAAAAUCCAUUGUCAAUUGGGCUACAGUACUUAGUAUAUAUUAAUUGUCAUAGUAAACUAUUUUUGCAGUUGGGACUCAGUGACUAUGUUUUCAUGUGUAAAAUAUUGAAGUUGUUGCUUUUAUUCCUAAAAAUACAAUAUUCCCACUAAGGUCUAUACAUGACUAAUGAAAAUGAAUAUUCCACAAAUGUUUACAUGCAGCCAUGCAUACUCUGAUUAACGUGUCCUAACAUGUCGUUUAUAAUGUCAAAAUAUGGAAAAGUUGAACAGCUGGAGCUGCUUCUGCCAUUUUGUUUCUUUGCUUAAAUAUAGGAUUUUUUCAAAGUUUUCGAUUGGUGGUGGAUUUGUUGGGAUGUGUCAGCACAGCCUUUCUUUUGUUUUUCCUUCAACCACCUUGAGAAGUUGGGCGUUGUGAUAUUUGCAUAUACUCAACAACCUUUUCUUUUGGGCAUGUAUCUCUACACAAGCAUUCAAACUGUUGCUAGUAAGUUUGUGUACAACACACAGAGCUGACCAUGUGUCCACAAAUUAUUAAAACAAUGAGGCCUAGAAGCUCUUAGGCUCCGAGAAGAGGACGAGAUCAGCCACCAUAUAACGGGGACAGUAAAUGAUUGUUAUAGCCAUGUUAUGCCAUUGUUAUAGUUUAUAAAGUGCUGCUGAUGUGUAUAUUAUAUGUCACACUCGAGGCAAUCUCUGUUUAUAAUGGGCUACAAACUGCAGUAAAACCCCACUUGAGACGCAUGUUCUGAAUGCACUGUAUACAUGUAGAAUGAAAGCUCCUAAAAGCUAAACUAAUACUGGCAUAUCCCACAUGUCUUACUUGGAAAUUGCUAAAGGCCUAAUUCUGAAUAUCCAAUGGAAUAUGCUUUUUACAUGAUUCAUAUCAAAUACAGACAACUGUCAAAUUCAGAAUAAAAGUGGAAUUUUAGUGUGCAUAUAAACAUAGUCACUAAAUCAAUUUGUCUCACAGUAUUCACCAACAGGAAAUCAUACAAGAUUUUAUGGAAUGCCACAGUUAGUGACACUUGUUCUGGAGCUGAUACACUACUUUGCUGUUUCAGUUGUGAGAAGCUUGUUAUUUUCCUUUGUACAUUGCAUUUUAGGAUGAUCAUUUACAUCAACAGUACACUCAAAAAAACAAGCUGAUUUAGUGAGCCUAAUGACACCUUUGAGCAUAUUUACAGUAAUUUAGUGUGAACAUGCUAUAUACUCUAAACCUGCAUAGAGUUAGUAUGAAGUAUGGAACUGGGACACAGCUAGAAAAGGUCAGCAGGUCGGAUCUGGCACAAAGUAAGGGCGCAAUUCACCCAGUGGAAAUGUACCAAAAGCUUUCCUAAGUCCCAGAUGCACCAAACUGACAUCAAAGAACUAGUGACGGCAAAAGCUGAUUGUUGCGUUGCCUCACAUUGGCUGUGUUCUCGGGCCAAAAAGUUUGGCAGCAUGUACGUUCUGCACCUGGGUGGGAGGAAAUAACUCUCCAUAGCAGCAGGCAGCGGUAGUCUGUAUUCGUCAUUCAAAAAGGGAAAUCGAAAGACAAACAGGACUGACUCAAGACGCUACUUAGCCAGUUAGCACAUUAACAACACAACCAGGUGUUAAAAGAACAAAUGAUAUUUACCAUGUGCUAGUGAACAAUACCACAAACAAUUAUGAACCGUUUCUGCUAAAGCGCUCAAUGGCUGAAGAAAUAAUCUUACCUAAUAUAACAGGUUUGUUUGGAUCUCACCCCCUUUUGACUUUAGCUCUUUGUUUACUUUCCUCCUUUCUGCUUCUCUUCUUGUGCGCUGAGCUGAACUGCCAAUCAGAGUGAUUUUUCUCACCGCCCGGUUCUGCCAUCUAUGUUUCAUCAUGCUGAAUCAGCCUAAAAAAAUCCGACAAGGGCCAACGAGAGCCAAUGGUACAAGACACGCGGCAACAACUAGGACAGUAGUCGAACCGUCAGCUUGGUGUGUCAGGGCCCUUGCAGGCAAGGAAGUUCUGAUAGGCCAGUGAGAAAAUCACUUACAACAUGUUUACCCUCAUCAAACCAAAGACAUCAGAGAGGGGGAAUGAGCAAAGAUAGAAAUGGGCUCUAUGGUAAAUGUAGUCCUAACUGCUUUGCCACCAUAUACUCAGUUUUGGCUGCCGCUGAGACUGCAAAGUCCAAUCUAUCCGUCAAUGUAUGGCUCUGGGUGAGGAGAGUAGUUAAUCGUGCUGGUUUAAUGGUGUUGUAUCAUACAGUAAAAUAUUUUCUGUCAUUCUUUUGUUAAACCUGCAAUAAGUGUUUGGGUUUUUUUGCCACUUUAGAACAGAAACAAUUUAUGAACACAAUAUUGAGGCAUCAUUACCUUUUUAGCUGAUAUGAUUAACAGAGGGAAAUAUCCGUUUCUUUAGCUGCUAAAUGCUCUGCUAUGUUCACCAGUAACUGUGUCUGCCUGCUGUUUGAAGCUAUGAGAGCAGUGCGAGUGAACCAGAACAGUUAAUUUGCAGCUGGACAGUGAAAGAAUGAACUGAAACUCACUAUAAAGCUGUUUCUGCUUGCUGUAAGAAACAGUCCACAACUACUGUGUAACCAAUACAUUUUAUCCUCUGGGCUGCAAAGCACUGUACAUUCAAUAUACCAUGUAACCAGUUCGUACAGAUACAGUGACAUAUACAUAUAUAGUAUUAUGCUUAUAUAAGAUGAAGGAUGUGAAUAUUGGUGUGUCCUAUGCACAUGAUGAAUAUACAGUAUAACCCAGAUGACAGUCUACUUUCACACUGGAUCAGACUCAGCAGGCUCUGAAGAAACAUUUAAGUUAACAUUAAGUUUCCGUUCACACCUACCUCAUUACUACUUUGCCAUGAUUGCAUGACAACACUGUGAAUCCUGUAAGAGCAAACAUUCUGUGAUUUUUGACACUUUAUAAACAUGUGCAGUCAGGACGAUGCUAACUCAUGUACACAUUGUAUAACCAAGACAUAAAUGUAUGAGAGGGCUCAGUGAGAUAGAGCUGACAUUGUGCUGGCUUUACAGGAAGAAGAAAUGAGUUUGUAACAGUAAAUCAAGGGCAGAACAUUGGUUACAGGGUCACAAUGAAACAGGACGUCUUAGGGGUCCUCCUCCAGAAAAACAAAGUUGCAAUUUCAAUCCUUUUUUCUGCAUUUCUACAUACAUUUGUUGACCACAGUAACCAAAACAAAAUCUGGGAAAUAAGUAAGUUGGCCAUCAUACUAAAUUCUGCCACAAUAUGCUAAAUAUGCCCCUCCUAUGUGGCAUUUCUGGGCGUAUAUCAGAGGAAAAUCAUCAGCUCAAAUGACCCUUCGCUAAGCUCCACCCUUUGUAAUGGUCCAUCAAGCUGUCAGAGUUAGUAUAGACACUGUACACUGUAACAAACUGCACUCCCUAAGGAAAUAUUUAAUUAAUAUAUCUUUUUUUUUUGGGGGGGGGGGGGUGUAAACAGAUUUCAGAGAGAAGCAGAUAGAAAGGUCUACAAUAUGUGUCUGGAGUGUAUAGAGAGGGUAAAAAAUUACUCUGUAAAAUUCACUCGGCAGCAAAAACAGGUUAAACAUAACAAGAACGUUAGAAGCUAAAGCCUAACUAUGUUACUAUGUAAAAGUGAACCACCAAAUCACUGGCAAUCAAGACAGAGGACAGCGCAUAAAAAGGGAAACUAUUCCAAUAUUCGACCACCUGUGUGUCAUCACAGUGUGUGCAGAUGAAAGGUGCUUGGUUUUGGAAACCUACAGUAUGCCGCCACUGGCAGGCAGGUUGGGGAGCUCCGUGGGCAGCUAAACAUCUGCACACACUACAAUGACGCAGGGGGUUGAAUAUUGGAAAUAUCUCCCUGUAGGUCUUUCUUCACUGUUAUGAUAAUUAAAACGUGAAAGCAGCAUGUGUAUACAUUCAGCGGGCUAUACCUUCAGUAGCUAGCUAGACAAUCCUACACUUUUCAAUGUUUGAUUUUUUGUUUUUGAACGGGGAAGAAACAUAAAUCUCCUUCCAACCUCUCCAGGUAAUGAGUAUCGUUAACACUAAGGGUGGGGGGAAAUCGAUACAGCAUAGUAUCACGAUAUUUUUGUGUGACAAUAUUGUAUCAUCACACAGUGACAAGUAUCAAGUUUUUUAUUAUAUGAAUUAUUAAUAUUACAAAAACAAAUUAUUUUAACUUAUUUUAUUUUAUGUUUAUUUUAAUACCACUAUAUUAUUGUUGAUGAGGGGAAGUGUGAUUGUUGUUUUUUAUUAGCUGCUGGACAGUUGAAUUUCCCCUCAGGGAUGAAUUAAGUUCUUUCUAUUCUAUUCUAAACUUUAGGAAGCCUACUUUGAUAAUAUAAUCUGUUGCUUUUUCAGUCCACUAGAUACAUUUAGAUGCAAAACAAUUGCUGAGGUGAGAUGAACAGACUGAAAACUUGAUGCUAUUAGAUACUACAGAUGUUUACAAAUUUUUCCUAUGGGAUCAUUAUUUGUAGUUGAAAACAGGUAAUAUAUCGCAAUAUAUUUUAUCGCCCCAGACACAUUAUUUAGCAUGAAACCCACAAAAAAAGCCCUAAAAUGAAGGAAAUCUGACACAAUUGCAUGAAAGUCUAUGGAGCCGUGUUGUUGUCGGACCUUUGUUAGAGCUGGCUGAUGCCACGAUAUGAUUGGCCAGUCUGUGUUGCAGGGACGGGACUUAACAAAGGGUCAAUUCACAUUCUCAGCCAGGAUCUGACAGCUGGCCAAACAGUAACAUACUGAGCACGAUUUACGUGGUUAAAAAAAAUAUACGACUUUGAAAGUGGGUGGGGCACAACCUGGAACCCAGCGGUUUCUUUCAGAAGAGGCUACUUGUUGCUGUUCUUAGCUCUUGUGCCAAAGGUUGUUGAAUAUGUUUAAUAUUUUGUGUGAUACAGAGAUCAUAUCCUUCUAGGAAUUUGUUUGGUUGGCAACACUGCUGUAAACAGGAGGACGUUGUUAAAAAAAAUUACAAAAUUCCUCUAACACAACUUACAAUAAUAAAAUACUGUUCUUGUGCACAAUACGAAUAUUGAAUGCAUACUUUACAUUAUUAGAGCCAUAAAAUGGUGAGAGCUGUAUGUGUCUCAUGUCUACAGAGAAAUGUUUCUGUCAUUGGAAUUUUUUUGAACUCUCUGCUUGUUUCUGCUUUAUUCUAUUUUAAAUGUAUUCACUCACUAUUUAACAAUAUCUGUCCAUAAUGAGGACCAAAUGAUAUCACUUAGCAAGAAGUAUUUGAUUGUUUUCAGUACUUAAGAGAACUGUACAAAGAAUUUAAGAACAUUUCACAAUUUUCUGCCAAGAGUUUCCUCUUAAAGCACGAGAGAAAUAUACAAGUGUUCCAAAUCUGAGUUGAGUGAAAUCUACCUUCCACACUCCAAAGCUAAGACACGUUUCUGACUGAUAACUGCAAUCUGUUUCCUUCUUCUUAAAAUGUUAAAAUAUAUCACUAUACAUAGGCACAUGUAGCACAAUAAGCAUCUCAUCCUGUUCACUGUAACAAAAAAAAGGACAUGACCAGGUUGUUUAUUAUUUACAGUUGAAUUAUUUGUUAUUGCUGACAUACUUAUUUAUUUUUUCUAUUGACUCAUUUUUGUAUUAAUUUAUGUACAGGCUGUUAUUAUAAUAUAUGUUACAUGAUGAAGACAUGGAGAUGAGGAGAACAUUAUUUGAAGGAGUUGUCAGAGCAGUGAUAUUAAGAGAGGUUCAGAGAGGAUAAAGUUGCUUCUGGAGCUUUUCAUCCAUUCAUUUACAUUGCAGUGUGUGUGUGCGUGUGUUUUCUAUAAUGUAUGCUCUAAGCCAUGGUUGAGUGAAAUGAUAUUCAAACAAACUUCUGUGUUUUACCAUGGUGAAGCCAUGGUAUUCUUGUUAUGAUAAUACAUUAAUGUGUGAUAUUGUAUAUGUAUGUGUUGCUGUCUAAAUGUGAGAUUCUGUGUUGGAAAAAAAAUAAGAAAUAAAACUCAUCUAUAAUUCCAACAGGUGAGUCAGGUUUGUCGUUAAGAGACUAUAGAAUGCUGCUGGUUUACAGUUCAUUUUUCACUUUAUAAUUAGUGUCAGUGUACAUGCUGUUUAUCCACAGACUGGUCAGAGGAGUUAAUACUUGAGCUUUUUAUCAGAUUAUGUCAAAAUCAUCCAAAACAUGACUUGGUGGAGUUUCGUUUACUGGGAUCCCCAUUUGCUGCAGCAAAUGCUGCCGCUAUUCUACCUGGGGUCCAACACAUGCAUACAAUUACAUAACAAUGCAUCACUGUAACAUAAAAAAAAAAUAAUAAUAAAUUAAAAUCCAA